AUGAAGCAUGUGUAUUUAUCGGGUGCAGAGAAAAAGAAAGCAAAAAAUGAAAAAAAACUGAAAGAAGAAAAAGGAAAACGUAAUUUACAUAAUUUUGGUUGGUGUACGUCAAGUAGGAACUUGGCUCAAAAUUAUAUAAACGAGCAAAAAUGUGAUAUUGAUGACCCCGAAGUAUUAGAAAAUGAAAAAGCCCUAAAUAUUCAUAUAGGAGAGUCCAAAAAAAGUAAAAUUGAUGAUACAGUUGUUCCAUAUCCAAAAGAAAUUAAUGAAAACGUUGUUAACACACAAAAUAAUGAGGUAGUUGAAUGUGUACAAAUGAACGAGAAUGAAAGUGUAAAGGAAUUAGAUAAAAAUGUUAUUGACAGAAAUAUAAUUUGUUCCAAAAGCAUUAUUGAAGCUAAUUCUAACAAACAAUCUGACGAAUUGUUUAAAUUAAGUAACGAUCCAGCAACUUGGAAAAAACUUAGUUCGUCAGAUCGCGACUAUUUAGCUGCAGUUGGUCCACCUACUAUGCCAUCAAAGAUUCCCCAUGAUAAACAUGAGAAUCGCUCUUUUCCCAUCUCACUUUUACAAAAAACCUUACCAAAUAAAGAAACAAUAAAUCGCGACUGGCUUGUAUGGAGUACACUAAAAAAUGCUUUAUUUUGCUUUCCGUGUUGUCUUUUUUUAAGAGAUGAUGAAUUUGAGCCAUCGGGUUUAUGUAGAAAUGGUAUUGGAAAUAAUUGGAGAAAACUUUAUGACAAGAUCGAUAACCACGAAGGGAAUACGAAACACAUAGAAAGAUAUUUAUUAUGGAAGGACUUGGUAGAAGCAAUAAAUGGUAGGAAAGGGAUCGACAAAGAUUUGCAAGUUUCUAUUAACACAGAGAAAAAAAAAUGGAGAAAACUCCUUCGGGUAUUAGUAGAUAUCACAUUGUUUUUAGCAGAAAAUAAUUUGCCAUUUAGAGGCAUACACUCAACGAUCGAUCAUGAUGAAUGUGGGCUUUUUAUUUAA